CAAUUAGUGAUAUCAAUUUAGAUAAGAUCCUACAGAUGAUGAUUAUUGUAUUAUUUUCACUGUGCAUUUAAAUAACUUAAAGUGAAAGUAAUCGGAUCGGUAAUAAUUUAUUCAACAAUAUACAAGUGCACACUGCGAUCGCUGGCUACGAUAAAUUCAUAGAUACUGUCCAAAGUUACCUAACCAAAUCUUACCCAGUUUUGAAACGUCAAGUUACACAGAAAAUUUCUAGUGAUUAAACUACUUUUUUCAUUACGUCAUUACUGAUUGAUAGCACAUUAGAACGUAAAUAUUUUUGAUUUCCCAAAAAGAUGAAGUGGUUCGAAGGUAGUAUCAAUGAAGCAGUUGCAACGUCAAGAUCUAAGAAAGCAAUUUUCGUCGUUUUUAUUGAAGGAAAAGAUGACACAUCAGCAGAGUUUGCCCAAGCAAUUAAUAAUACAGAAGUUUCUUAUCGUUUGGAACAUGAAAACUUUGUAGCAAUUCGAUUGGAAAGUGGAUCCGAGACCUAUAGGUUCUUUGCCCAAAUUUAUCAAUUGGUACCUGUUCCAUCUCUAUUCUUUAUUGGUGAAAAUGGUACACCAUUGGAAAUUAUUGCUGGCACAGCAGUAGUAGCUGAUUUGUUAACUAAAAUUGAUUUAGUUUUAACAAAAGCAGGAAAGGAUAAAAACUCUUCUAACAGUUUAAUAGAUGCAGAGAAGAAAGCUGCUGUCGACAGUAGUGCUUCUAAUAACUCAAAUAUAAAUACAAAUGCAAACAUACGCCAUGAAAGCGAUAACAUAGCUAAAUCAAGUGGAGAAACAUUGGUGGCACAGACAUCAGAAAAUGCGAGCAAUAAUGUUGCUACAAGCAGUACAAAGGUAGAAGCUUCUGCUAGUUUGAAACCCAUGGAUACAGCAAAAAUAAGCACCGAGACAAAGGUUGAGGACACCAAAGAAUUGACACCAGAAGAAAAAGUGGAAAGAGCUAAACAGUUAAUUGAGUUGCAACGAAAGCAACGUAUCGAAGAAGAGGAACAGAAGGAGAGACAAAGAGAAAUAGAGCGUCGCAAAACUGGUCGCGAUGUGCAAAAAAUGAGACAAAAGCAAUAUGAUUUAGAGAUGAAACAAGCUCACGAGGAGAAAAUGAGAGAGAAAGCUGCCGAUGCAGCAGCUAGAGAAAAAGUUAGACAACAAAUUGCUCAGGAUAAACUAGAACGGAAGCAAAAAGAAAUGGUUCUGCAGCAACAAAUGCAAAAAAAUCAGAGUCAGGAACUGCCUAAACCAUAUAUUCCUAUGGUGAACGAUGCAACUAUAACUCGAAUUCAAUUUAGAUUGCCAUCUGGCAGUCCUCAUAUGGGACAGUUUGAACCAACGAGUACUUUACGUGAUUUGCGUGCGUACGUCGUCCAGAACAUUGAUUUACCGUUCCGCCAGUUCGCAAUGUCUAUAUCAUUCCCUAGAAGAGAUUUAACGCAGGAAGAAGAUGAUAAAACUCUUUUAGAAUUGGAACUAGUUCCUACCGCUGUGAUUUUAAUUCUGCCUAAGAAAAAUUCUAAUGCUACUGCAGCCGUAACCACAACUCAAGAUGUUGGUUUUUUGUCACGAUUGAUAUGGUCCUUUUUUGCACCUAUCAAGGGUGUUUACAAUUAUCUAUUAGGUUACUUCUCAGGUGGUACACAGAGAAACGCCCAGAGACAACAGAGCAGCUCUGCUGAAAGCAGAGACACUGCAAAUAGUUCGGAUGGAGCACUCAUACCAAACGUUCAAAAUGUUGCUAACUCAUCAGGUUUGGUCAGAAGAUAUUUGGGUAAUCAAGGGGGGACAACCAUCAAAACGGAGGGGAAUAUACAUAAACUUCAUUCAGGUGGGGAUGAUAAUGAUGAAAAUAACACGUGGAAUGGUAAUUCAACGCAACAAAUGUAGAUUACCAAGGCGUUCGAGUUCCGAUAAGUUCAGUUGUUUCACAAACGAAAAUAUUUAAAGCGCAACGGUUAUACUACCUUUAAUUAAUAAUAUAUUUUAUUAAGCUUUUACAUAAUUCUGUUUCAUUGUAGCGAAAUCAAGCGUUGCGUAUUAUGAUGCGAUCAACGAUAGUUUCAUCGGUUUUAGUACAUGUUACAUUUAAUCAAUGAACAAAAUAUUUUAUGUACGAGGAACUGUUUAUUCGCGUUGAAUAUACAGUAAAGAAAUUAGUAAUAUUAUGCAGUUCUAUAUCACCCUCUCAAUCUGAUAACUUUUCUUUUAACAAGUUACAAGUGAUAUACGGACCAAACGCAGUCCUCUAGCUGCGUUGUGACAUAUAAAGUUGCAUCGUAAAGUGUUUCGAUGUUUCGAAUAUAUUAUAUAUCCUAAUAUCUCUAGAUGAGUGUCAGAUUUAUUGAAGACUUUCAAUUAAUUUAUGUUUAGAUUCCCUUAAAAAUUAUUUUACUAUAAUAUUCUAUACAAAGUAAUAACUGUAUAUGACCAUGAAUGGUAACAAGGAUUGUAAUGAGCAUAGCAAAUAUAUUAUGUUUUAUUUUAUAAUAAAAGGCGAAAUGCACCGAACAGAGGGCCUUUAUUCUGUUAAUAUAUGAAUAAAUAUAUGAAAAAAAAUUG